AAAACAUUCUUGCAUUAAAUAUGAGACAUUAAUUGCAUUUACUGUGUGUAAAUUAUCUUUCUAAUAGAAUCAAUUUAGUAUUUUCGUAACACUAAAAAGGUGGUAAUAAAUGUCCUUUAGCCAACAUUGAGAAGGUAAUAAAGUCGGCAUUGAGAAGGUAAUAAAGUCAACAUUGAGAAGGUAAUAAAGUCAACAUUAAGAAGGUAAUAAAGUCGACAUUGAGGAGGUAAUAAAGUCAACAUUGAGGAGGUAAUAAAGCCAACAUUGAGGAGGUAAUAAAAUCAACAUUGAGGAGGCAAUAAAAUCAACAUUGAGGAAGUAAUAAAGUCAACAUUGAGAAGUGAACACUUUAUCUAUCAAUGAAACCUUCAUUACAAAACUUGUUAAACGAUGUCUUGUAUACUACUAGAUCGUCGCAUUUCAAUAUUACUUCAACUAGUUUUGAUAAUCAUCAACCGGUACCUCGUUUCGCUAAUCGAGAUUCAAUUUUUAUACCCCCGAUGAUUGUUGGCGCAAUUUUUAGCAUUGUAACAAUCGGUGGGAAUUUUUUGAUUAUUUUGGCUUAUUUUACAAACGAAAAAAUUAGAAGCGUGUCUAAUGUUCCAUUAUUGUCAUUGGCAUUCACAGACAUGUUUAUUGGAAUUAUUCCUGUGACCAUGAACAUCCUGGAAAUGUCUAUGGGAUAUUGGCCCCUGGGUAAAGAAAUGUGUAAUGUAGCGCUGAUGCUGGACUACGUCUCAGUUCAGUCUUCAAUAAACCAUAUUGUUUUGAUUAAUUUUGAGCGGUAUCUUGCAUAUAAAUCCCCAGUUAAACAUCAAUUACUCCAAAAAACAUCCAGAGUUAUUGUUAAAUUAUUCACAGUGUGGUUUAUAGCUGUUAUAAUAUGGGCACCUUUUAUUAACAUUUAUACAUACAAGGUGAGAAGCGACAAUCCAUAUAAUAAUCAAUGCUACAACCAGUUUUCAAAUGUUAAAGAUUAUAAAUUUAAAAGAUACAUUUUUGUUACGGUAUCAGUAACUGGAUACUUUUUACCGCUCGGUAUUGUGAUUGUUACGUACUGGAAAAUGUAUUUUAUAAUAAAGCAGCAACUUAAUCAAGCGUCUAAUUUUUUCAAUGCUUCAAAUUAUUCGGCUAAUUAUUCAAAUUAUUCGGCUGCAAAAACAACUAAAUGGCAUUCAUUAACUUCACCGUCCGAUGGAAUGCAAGAUAAUACUACUGAUAGGCAAAAAAAUCUAGAUUCAAUAAAAAGCCUAAAGACAAUACUUAAACAUAAAAAAGCAUUGCGUCUCAUAGUAAGCAUAUUAUCAGCUUUUUUAUUAACUGGGUUACCUCUUAAUGCACAAUGGCUUUUGGUUGGCAUGUGUCCAACUUGUUAUAAUAAAACAUUAUUUGAUGUAUGCAAUUUUUUAACAUACCCAAACUCUUUAGUUAAUCCUUUUCUUUAUGCAUGUGCAAGUCGAACGUUUCGUAAGGAGUUCAAAAAGUUGCUGCUCUGUGGAUUUUUUUUGAAUUGUAUUUCGGUUUCUAAAAAGUUACACGUCAACUAUCGUGCCAACUGCAUUGCAAAUGAUCAAGAAUACAAAGAAUUGUCACAAAGUGUUUCCACCGAAAUUAUAUAGUCUGUUGACAUGCAAUUAUGGAUACGGGUAAAAUGCGGAGAUGUAAAAUGGAGAAAUAAAGUGCGGAAAACUUAUCCAAACCCUUACCGUUACGCUAUCCCAACCAAAACCAAACUUUUGCAUGUUCUUCCAAAAUCAGUUGAUUUAUUUAGUGAAGCCCCCAACCUUAUUUUCACACUUUACUCCUAUUUUUUCUUUUUCAUAAAAAAUAAGUUUAUUUUACAUAUAAGAUGUUGUAAAAAAAUCAUUAUUAAUAUGUAAUUAUGAAUUAGUUCCUUACUUUAUUUUUUAAUACGCAUAAGUUUAUAAAUAUGGUUUCAGAUAUUGUUAUUCUAAAUAAUGAUGUUCGAAAAUAAGUUUUUAAAUAAAAAAUU